CAGCACUGUCAGUGGGAGUACGAUUUGUAAAUAGUGCAUUAUUUUUAUUAUCGGAAAGUGGGAGAUUUAUAUUGGAAAUGUUUAAUGGAAGUUAGUGUUGAUUGAAGCAGAUGGGCACGAAAAUGAAAAUGGAUAAACUGUGCAGAUCAUGCAUGUGUGUUGCCGGCGAAAUACGGCAACUGUUCACAAGUGCAGGAGGCGAAGACGAAGAUGAUGCGACUAGCAAAGAGGUGGUGCAGCAGCACACUCACUUGGCUCAAAUGAUCAUGGCCUGUUCAGAUAUUAAAAUUGAAAGUGGAGAUGGGUUACCAGCAGCUCUGUGUUUGCAGUGUGAAAUGAAGGUGAUCAUUGCUUUUGACUUCAAACAACUGUGUGAAAAAUCUGAUGCCACACUUAGGGCUUCUAUCAGUGGUACCACAGAUGAUAUUGCAUCAAGCUCAUCUUGGCAAGAUUUGAUCAAUGUAAUGGAUACUUGCUUGCAUUGCGAUAAACGUUUCAAAUCUAAUCAGAAGCUGGAGGAGCAUAUGAAAACCCAUCAGACUUUGUGUGAGCAUUGCAAUAUAAAUUUUGAUAGUGUGGAGAAGCUGAUGGAGCACAAAAAAGAUCAUGAAGUGAGCAUUUUGGUGGUUAAGAAUGAGGUGGAAGAUGGCAUGGACAAUGAAGCUGAUAAUUAUAUAGAUGAAACCAUGGAACCGUCACCGGAGAACUUUGCUACGUCGUUCGAGUGCGAGCAGUGCGAGAAAGUUUUUAACUCGAAAAUAGGUUUGAAGAUUCAUAUGAGAAAGCAUGGUGGUCAAGGAAGCGGCAACUCUUGCAGCAUCUGCAGUAAGACAUUUUCUAAGGCGUCGAUGAUGAAGAAGCACAUGGAAACGACACACGAAGUGUAUGAGGAGAAAAACGGAAAAAAAAUCAUGGAAUGCGAAUUCUGCGAUCGAAAGUUCAAAUACAAGAAGAGCUUCGAUCACCACAUGAGCAGCGAACAUGGAAUCGCAGAGGAUGACGACGAGGAUAGCGAUACUCCAUUGAGCGAAUUCGUUAAGAAUAGUUCAUCUAUGAACGAGGAGGACGUGUUGACUCCUAAAAUUGAAAUACAAAUAGAAGAAGAGGUUGUAGAUGAUAUGAAGGAGACGAUCAAGAAGAGAGCCAAGUGUCACGAAUGCCACGUAUGCAAUACGAAAUUCUCUCGGACUAACCAUUUGACCCGGCACAUGACGCUGCACAGGGCCGUGCUAAUCUUCAAAUGUGACAAGUGCGAUAAAUCAUUUGCAACGCAAGAUUUCUUGGAUAAGCACAACGAGGAAGAUCACAUCAACAAACCGUACACCUGCACCGUCUGUAAAAAAACUUUCAGCCGAGGAGAGCAUCUCAUCAGGCAUCUCAAGCAGCACAUGCCCACCAUCACGGAGAUGCUGCAGUGUUCAGUUUGCAUGAAGGAGUUUAAAAGAUCGGAUCAUCUUGCGCGGCAUAUUAAGAUCCAUCUUCAGCAGGAUAAGAGGCACGUUUGCACGGAGUGCGGUAAAACGUUUAAUCGAUUAGACAAUUUGAAGACGCACCAAAGGACACACACUGGACAAAAGUAUAAUGCCAAAUUGCAUUUGUGCAUCUACUGCGGCAAAGAGUUUAAUAAUUCCAGUAACAUGAUCGUGCACAUGCGUAGGCACACGGGAGAGAGGCCGUACAAGUGCAAACAGUGCGGCAAAGGUUUUCCAAGAUCGCACGAUCUAAAAUGCCACGAGCGAACGCAUUCUGGAGAGAAACCCUACCUAUGUACUUUAUGCGGUAAAUCGUUUAACAAGAGCAACAAAUUGUUGAGGCACACAAGAGUCCACACUGGGGAGAGGCCUUACGUGUGCAACCUCUGUGGGCGUGCCUUCACUCAGUCCAAUGAUCUUGCGCUGCACAUGCGACGGCACACCGGAUCACGUCCAUAUGCGUGCGGGGUGUGUCCAGCUCGAUUCAUCCAAUCGGGACAAUUGAAGACGCACAGGAAAACCACUGGCCAUUGGAUGGAAAUACAGCCCGAUUUAAAGGGCGGUCAUCGGGUGGAGCCGGUGGUGGCCACCACCGAUCUGACGCCGGUCAAGUUCAAGAUGAGCGCGAAAUACAAGGACGAUCUGGAGGACGCGACGCAUCAAGAAGAAGGGCAUUCUAGCAAUCAGGAGCAGUUGGUCGAUGAAGUGCAGAGUAGAAGUGUUGUUCCUCAGUUCACCGUUGUCGAUUUGCAGCAGUUUUCACCCGAGAAACCCAAAGAUCAUCCGGAGCAGAGCACAUUCCACGCCUACACGGCCACACCCACCUCUAGUACCUUCACAGUAACUACCAGUGAACAGUUUCACUAUCAGAGCUUCUAACGCUUCAUACGAGUCCGUCAUCGAUUUAUUGUAACACUUUGUUAAGGACAUAUUUUGAAUUGAAAAU